CAGCUACUCUCAAACUCGUAACGAAUUCAUCAUGAAUAAUUCUACGACAACCACAACUAUGGCACCUGUACCUCCCCCAAAUCCAAUGCAUGAUGCACUAAAAGCAGUCCUGAUUCUUACUUUGUUUUUUAUCUCUUUCCUCGCUAGCAUUCUUCCGUUUUUAAUACGGAAAUGGGCCAGCGACGGUAGCACCAGGCACAUUCGAGUUUUUUCGCUUCUUUCAGUCCUUGGUGGGGGAGUGUUUUUGAGUACUUGCUUAUUAGACCUGUUACCGGAUGCAAUUAAAAAUGUCCGUCAAGCCCAAGUUCAUGGAUACUUUAAUACAGUUUUGCCAUUGUCGGAACUUAUUGUGGCGCUUGGGUUUCUUUUCGUCCUCGCAGUCGAACAGUUCUGUAUUGGUGAUUCGCUGAAUCUUUCUCCGUGUUCCGUAGCACUAUUUUUGAAAGAACAGGAAUGGAUUGGAGACGAAACAAUAGACCGAUUAAUAUCACAUGAAGAAGUUUUAGCUGAUCCUAGAGACCUUCGAGCACACGCACACACUUAUGGGCACGGCAAGCUGGCUAAUUGUUUUACAAAAUCACACAAGGAACUCUUGCAGUCAUUUGCUGUAAAAGUCACUUUAGAUGAUUCUACCGAUGAAAUUGAUCCGCAUUUUGAUCCGUCGUCUCAUUCAACAAUGCGUGCAGCUUUAUUAGUGAUGGCUUUAUCGUUACAUGCUGUAUUUGAAGGUCUUUCUUUAGGUAUUAUGCAAGACGUCAAUGUUAUCCUACAGGUUUUUUUUGCUCUUCUGCUUCACAAAUCAAUAAUUGGUUUUUCAUUGGGUUUGCGUCUUGUUCAGUCUAAAAUGCGUGUCUUUACUGUAAUAAUAUGUUGCCUGAUUUUCACAUCUCAAGUUAUCAUUGGGGGGUUCGGUGGUAUUGCUGUACUCGAUUUAAUUAGUGCCGGGUCGCCGUCAAAAGCAGUGAUGAUUACUGGAUGUGCUCAGGCUUUCGCUUGUGGAACGUUUUUGUAUAUAACUUGCUUUGAAAUCCUCCCACAUGAGCUUGGUCAACCAGGUUUACGGCUGUUAAAACUUGUAUUCUUAGCUGUCGGUUUCUCCAUCAUCGCUGUGAUGUUGGAGAUUUUCCCUGACCAGGACUAAUC